AUGUUCUCUCGAGCUGUGCAACGGGCUCUGCACGCCCGCGGCCCAGCCGCCGCCCUUUCCAGAGCUGCCACGGCCACCACCACACGCCCAGCAGUAGCUCCUGCAGCUUCCGCCGCCGCCGCCGUCGUCGUCUCCGGCCGCUCCAGCAUCCACACCUCGGCCGUCCGCCGGAGCGACGCCAAGAAGACCGACGAGGAGGCCCUGCAGCCCGGUGCCCUCGCCCGCACAGACGAGACCAUCACCGUCGAGUACCCGCCCGACGACGAGUUCCCGCCCAGCGCCCUCGCCGAGGGCCAGGGCCGCGCGGGCGUCAACGUCUACCCCACGCUGGCGACCUUCUCGCUCGAGGGCAAGGUCGGCGUCGUCACGGGCGGUGCGAGGGGUCUGGGGUUGGUCAUGGGCCAGGGCAUGGUGAUUAGCGGUGCCGAUCUGGCCAUUGUUGACUUGAACAAGGAGGAAGCCGAAGCCCAGGCAAAGGCGAUCGUUGAUACCUUCAAGGCGGAGCAUCCAAAAGCCAAGAGGCUGCCCAAGGUGACUGCACAUUACGCGGACGUGUCGGAUCCAGAGUCCGUCGAGGCGUGCAUUGCCGAGAUCGUCAAGGCUCACGGCAAGAUUGACAACCUGGUGACCAGCGCCGGCUUCACCGAGAACUUCGAGGCCGUCAAGUACCCCAUUGACCGCAUGCGCAAGCUGUGGGGCGUCAACGUCGACGGCACGUACCUGUUCGCGACCUCCGUGGCCCGUCACCUCAUGGAGCGCGAGGCCAAGGGCAGCAUGGUCUUCAUUGGCAGCAUGAGUGGUUCCAUUGUCAACGUGCCGCAGCCGCAAGCUCCGUAUAACAGCGCCAAGGCGGCUGUACGCCAUCUCGCAGCCUCGCUGGCAGUCGAGUGGGCACAUGCUGGGAUCCGUGUCAACUGCAUCUCGCCCGGCUACAUGCUGACUGCCCUCACGCAGAAGAUUCUCGACGACAACCCGGACCUCAAGCGCCAGUGGACAUCUCUUAUUCCGCAGGGCCAGAUGGGCUCACCUCAGGAUCUUAUGGGGCCGGUGACCUUCUUGCUCUCGGACGCGGCCAACUACGUCACGGGCGCCGACCUGCGUGUCGACGGUGGCUACACUGUCACCUAA